AUUCUAGGAGUUGAGUGGUGUUCCUGUAAGUGCAGAGCUCAUUGGAGGACGAACAGCAAAGGGGCCGAUUUUAACUUGCAGCUACCAGCUCCGUUUACAGCUCGGCGGAGAAACAGGAGCUAAGAAAAGAAAGCGGCAGAUCUUGUUUGUGCGAGCAGACCGUUGUGUCGGUGCGGAGAGGCGGCCGCUCGGCACAGUUAGCCUCCUGCUGCUGCUCUAACAGUUAUUUGUCGUUCAAUUGGCUAGUGUUAGCCUGUUAGCUAGCCGCGCUAGCUUCUUCUCAUAUCUGCAAAACGUUAGCGUGCUAGAUUUAAGCGAAGUGCUGCUAGCAUGCCACAUCAGUGUGUAACAGAGUGAGUGGAUGUGUGCGUGUGCGUGUAAAAAGCUAGUUACUCGUCCAGAGAGUGAGCUUCAUAGUUUAUACAUUUGUUGCUGAAACUUGGGACUGAUUGUUCGAUGGACGGGGGGCUCUUUAAGAGCCCCCGUUUUAUUUCCGAGGCGUGUUUUACUGCCUCCUCGCUGAGUUGUUCGGCUGGCUAACCUACCUAGCUAGCUUGCACCAAGUCCAGAAGUCAGCAGCAGCAGAUUCUUUUGGAGAGAAUCAGCAGCUCGACGGAAACUUUACUACCACAAUGUUCUUAUUGUUUCCACUCCUCACUGUUUCUCCUGAAGCGGAGCGAGAGAGGGGCUAGUAGUGCGAGGCCCGUGUUAGAGUAAACUGCACUUUCUCCUUUCUUUGGUCUUUCGAGUCCCGCAUCCCUCACUCGAUGGUUGGGCCUAAUGAGGUGGCGUACAACUUUUCCCCAUUAUUUGCACCUUGCAGGCCAGGUACAGUCACACACGGCCAGCUGUGUGAAGUUUUGGUUUUCACGGAACGUCAUGUAGGGAAACGGUCCACGAUCACUACUUGUGUUUGAUGAGUUUCUGCGGUUAAGCACACCGCGCCACGCAGAUCGUCGUCCCCUCUCUGUCCGUAAUAGUUUGCAGGUGCCGAUCGUUCAGACCCUGGACUGUGUUAUGCUGCAGUUUUGUGUGGCUUAACUUCAAGCCUUUUCGUGUCCGCAUGUCCACCAGACUCACAUUUACUGUGAUAUGCUGAAUGUUUAUCUUCUUAUGUUUGAAGUAAUUUAUUUAUUUAGGCUGUUGCUUAACUUCAGUAACCAGGCUUAUACUCGUCACCCCUUCCCCAGUGAUCUGGAUAAAAAAAACAAAAAACUGUUAUUUGCUUAAAUUGUUUUUUUUUUUUUUUUUUUGUGGUACGUUAAAGCUCUCUUCACCCUCCCAUCUCACUAACACAAACAUCUUGAACAGUUGAGCUUUUGUGAUCUUUUGUGGCACUUUCAUUUUCAAGCAAAGCCAUAUGUGGAAACUAGUAAGGGGACACUAAAUGUAUUGAGAUACUGUAAGCUACUUUGUCAUUUUGUAAUUUGUUUUCACACUCUGGCUUUCCGUUUUUUUAGAAACACGAUACUCCAUUAGAUGUGUAGAACAGUCUGAGACAUGCCUAGGAGACUAACUUAUUUUGUUGACUUGUGUUAUUUUGUUUUCAGUUGAUAACCUGUAGGGAGCCAAAGCUGUGUUUUGUAAGCUCUGUGAUUUAUGAAAAAGGGCCAAAGCUGAACACUUGUUAAAUAAUAAUAAAACUAUGAUAAUGUCACUGAUAUAUGUCAUACAUCUAUGCGUUGAGUGAGUGGACGGUUUUAGUCUGUUUCAGGCUUGAUUUGCUGUGACGGAAGGCCAGAGGGGAUUUGUGACAGAUGCAGGCUCUGUGCUAUAGGCUGCUCAGUACUCAUUUCAUCAGGGGAGUUGGAGAGUGAGUGGACACCAGUCUCAUUGCCAGCUGGCUGAAAGAUUUCUGAGACUGACUUGCUGGCGAACUGGAUCAAUGAUGGAAUUACAAACAUUACAGGAAGCCCUGAAAGUGGAAAUACAAGUUCAUCAGAAACUGGUUGCGCAAAUGAAACAGGACCCACAGAAUGCUGAUCUGAAGAAACAGCUGCAUGAACUUCAGGCCAAGAUCACUGCUCUGAGUGAGAAACAGAAAAAGGUAGUGGAGCAGCUGAGGAAGGAGCUGUUGGUGAAGCAGGAGCCAGAGAUCAAGCUGCAGACGGUGCAGACAACCAUGGACAGUAAAACCGUGCUGCUCACGCCCUCCUGCCAGCCCCCACAGCAGUCCACAGGGCCUUCUCAUAACCAGGCAGCUCCACAGAAGACACUAACUGUCACGCCGGUCCUCACCACGAAGACUCUACCUCUAGUGCUUAAGGCUGCCACUUCCACCAUGCCUGCUUCCAUGGCAACGCCACGCCCUACUGUCGCCAUGGUCACUGCCAUCAGCAAUCCCCCCAGGCCCGCCAUGAACCCUGACUCCCAGAGUACACCAAUCAACCUUCAGGUGGCCGGCAAAUUAACCAGUCAGGACCCAGAGGGUGCAACACGGGUUGUGUCAAAGAACGUUAUCGUAGUGCAGGCCAGCACCACCUCGGCUCAGCCUAUCAAAGUACCCCAGUUUGUCCCUCCUCCUAGACUGACGCCUCGACCCACCUUUCUACCACAGGUCCGCCCAAAACCUACUGCCCCCAAUAAUGUGCCCAUUGCCCCAGCUCCGCCACCCAUGAUGGCAGCUCCACAGCUGCUCCAGCGACCAGUCAUGCUCACCACAAAGCUGACCUCAGCGCUGCCUGCUUCAGCUGGCCCCAUUCACCAGGUGCGCAUAGUCAACGGCCAACCAUGCCAGGCUGUCUCCAAAACCACCACAACCCCUAUGGGAGCCACUACAGCCCAGGUGACGGGCAUUGUGAUCAGCGGCCCCAUGCAGACACUGCAGAUCAGCAGCUUAAGCACGGACAUAAAGACUGUAAAAUCUCAGGGGAGUAAAGAGCAGGUGCUUUUGAGCACUCCUACAUCUCCUCCUCCUCCCCCUCCUCCCCCUCCUCCUAAGGUGAAGCGAGAGGAGAGUCCACAGAAACUUGCCUUCAUGGUGUCUCUUGGGUUAGUGACACAUGACCAUCUAGAAGAGAUUCAGAGCAGAAGGCAGGAACGGAAAAGGAGAACAACAGCCAACCCUGUGUACAGUGGAGCAGUAUUUGAACCAGAAAGGAAAAAGAGUGCCGUCACCUAUCUCAACACUCCCCUCCAUCAAGGAACAAGAAAGAGAGGUCGCCCUCCCAAAUACAGCAGCAGUGCGGCGGGGCCGGAGCUGGGCUGCCACCCCCUGCUCUCCCCAUCCAGCAGUCACCCCGCCUCCCCAGCCGCCGAGCGGCCCGAAAUUGGGGGCAUCCCCCUCCCUGUCCACCCCCACUCUCUCCCUCAGCCCAGCCCCAGCUCCGGGGAUGGAGACAUCCAUGAGGACUUCUGCACUGUGUGCAGACGCAGUGGCCAGUUGCUUAUGUGCGACACAUGCUCACGCGUCUACCACCUUGACUGCUUGGACCCGCCCCUCAAAAACAUUCCAAAAGGCAUGUGGAUCUGUCCCAAAUGUCAAGACCAGAUACUGAAGAAAGAAGAGGCCAUUCCAUGGCCUGGCACCCUGGCAAUUGUACAUUCCUAUAUUGCAUAUAAGGAAGCGAAAGAAGAAGAGAAGCAGAAGUUGAUGAAAUGGAGUGCUGAGCUCAAACUGGAGCGAGAGCAGCUGGAACAACGAGUCAAACAGCUCAGCAACUCUAUAACGAAAUGCAUGGAGACCAAGAACAGCAUCCUGGCCCGGCAGAAAGAAAUGCAGGUGUCACUGGAGAAGGUGAAACACCUGGUGCGCCUCAUCCACAGCUUUAACCUGCCUCAGCCUAUGGAGGUGGAGGUGUCCCAGAAUGUCAGCAGUGAGACCAAGAGUGACAACCUCCAGGAGACUAAUGAGCCCAUUGUACAUGCAUGUGCAAACCCUUCUGGGCCUGAGCAGAACCCAGCGCAACUUGCAGUUGUUCAGGUUCCAGCUAGUGGCACAGCGCCGGACAUACAAGCUGAGCCUGAGGUGGGGGAAAUGGCCGAGUCAGCCACUGCCGUCACUCCAGAGGCUGAGCCAGGGGAAUCGGGAGCAACUGAGAACCCUAAGACAGCAGUCUGUGAUAAGACAGCCAUGGUAAAGGCAGUGGAGCCAAUGGAAGUGACUGAGGUCAAAGCAAAUGGGGGUGUGGACUCUGAGAGCCCUGCUCUGAGCCAUGUGGAGGAGGAGAGUCCUGUGAACACCACUGACUCUAAAAAUACAACUCCCUCUGCUACCAACAGUAACACGGCAGAACCAGUCAAGAUGGAAGCUGAACAUCAAGAGGAGUUGGACCACGGCAACAGCACCAACAACGGCAAAACCUCAGAACCCUCCCAGCAGCUUUCGCCAGUCCCCAACAAUGUGGAAGUCUCUAAAUAAUACCUAGGCUUGUUGGAUCAACUAAGUACAGUUCUCCUUCUCCCAAACAUUUAAAACAACUUCUACUGCACCCUGCACUGGUGCACCAAGUUGCCAAUCUAUAUACAUAUAUAUAAAUAUAUAUUAUACGUAUAUACGCAAUUUUUUUUUUUUUGUUAUUUUCUUUUUUUCUGUGUAAGGUGAGACUGUGUCAACAGUGCUUCUACAUCCAAGGUGAACUAGUCAAGGUUCUUAUCAACCAGUGCGCCCAAAAGAGUGGGUGUUGGGGGAGGGGAGCUUAUAUUACAGUGUCAUGCCAAUUAGUGGAUUAUUUAAAAAAGAAUACUAAUAAUAAAAAUAACAAAGAAUUAAGUGAGUAAUAAUGAAGGAAGAGGAUCAUUUAAUAUAUCACAUCACACCAGUGUGUGCCUGCAACAGUUGCCCUUGAAACUCAUGGGGAUUGUUUCUUAGGUUGUCUUAGUUUUAUUUUCUCUGGGAGGAGGGUGGCAGGUCACACAUGUCCAAAGACUGCAUGCUGUGCCCACCCCCGUGAGUCUCCAGCCAGGCCUGAGAGGACCCAUCCAAAACCAAAAGCUUCGUUUAUUCUUAGCAGGACAACUUGCAACAGUAUUCGCCAGCGGCGAGAAGCACCGAGGCUUCUGAAGUCACGGGCAUUUGUUAGACUAAAUCAGGACCGAUUAGGACUGUACCAAUGCAUCUAUCCAUUCACCUCCACCCUGCAGCCCGGUUUUCACUUCAGAGUGUGCUGUAGAAGGUGAGCGAUAUGGUUCAAUUGAUGAUCCAUAUCCAAAAUGAGUACACCUCAGACCAAACAUCAGGAGAGAGGCAGGCAGAUGGUUGGCUGAGGCAGGUCUCUAUAGAGGUAAGGGCUGGAGAGAAGAGCUACAACAGCAUCAUACAAAUAUAAAAGUGAUGUGGGUCUUUAUUGCACCCUUCUUGUGAAACAUUGGAGGCUCACUUUGUUAAUGAGAUAAGAAAAAAGGUGUCCAUCUCUGAGGAGUAUUUUGUCUUUUUUUAUAGGAAAAUGUAUUCAGGUCUUCCUAGUCUUCACAAAAAAGUGCUUUUCUGUUUCUUGAAACAGUAAUUUGUUAUUGAAGGUGUUAAAAUGGCAUCAUUUAUGCAAGUAUCCCUCUUUGUUACAAAGAGGGGGGCAUUGCAUAAUGAGUGUAUGUUUAUUUUUUUAUUAUUCUAAACUGCCAAAUGCUUUUUUUCUAAAUCCAGAAUAUAGAUACAUUAGCAUAUUUUAUGUAUAGUCUAGGAAACAACAAAAACAUUGCAGCCUCCUUCCCUGACAUCAUCCUGUAUGUUAACCACACAUAGAAACAACAAUAAUGUCUCACAAUUUGCUGUCUUAAACUUGAGGGUUUGAUGUUUGAGCCAAAUUUAGUAAUAAGACAAAGACAGAAAACCCUGAAUUUAAAGCACAAGCUUAUUGCAAAUAAGUAAAGCAAACGCACUAAACACUUCUUGAAAGACUUUGUUAGGUAUGGCAUAGCUAAAAGUGAAUUAACCUUCUGUUCUGUAUCAUUGUGCUCGCCAGCGUUUCUUCUUUUUGAAGAACGUGUAAUGAAGCUGUGAUGCUGAAUUACCUUGUAAGUGGAGGGAUGCUCUGUAAGGCGCUUUGUACCUAGUCAUCUUGAGCCUUUGUUAUUGCCAUCUUUAAGACCAAAAUAUCAGACCCAGAUUCGACCCAUUAGCUGCUCUGGAUCGAUCCCCUCAGUUUCUUUCUCUUAUGAACAUUCUUAAAAUGUCCUGAGUUACCCCGCAUUUUAAUGGUACUGCACAGUUGGCACCUCAAACAUGUUUACAUUACAAAUUGACAUAUCUUCACCAUGUCUGUCCUGAGCUCUUCAUGUGAACUUUAUCUGUCUUGACAGACCAUAAGGCUAUUUUUGAACAAUAAAUAUCACACACUUUUUUUUUUUUUAAACAGCCUAUAAGUGCUUCUGUUCAUUACAACAUGUAAAUUAUAAUGCACAGUUACUGCAGGACAGGCCUAGUUAAUUCAGACUGUUUCACUAAGAUAUAACCAAACAAAACUUCGUGUACUUGCUAUUUGUAGUUUGUAAAGGACAACAAAUGUUUGUUUUUGUUUGGUCUUUUUUUUUCUUCUUCUUCUUCUUUUCAAAUUUUCUCAUGUCCUUGGUUCUUGUCAUUGCUUUGCUCUACCUUUGAAAGCAUGCUGCAGUUCCUCCACUCUACUGUGAAACACUGAUCAUAUUUGAGCAUUCCUUUAAACCUCCGUUACCCUCGGAGCUGGGACUGGGUAACAGGCUGAUGAUUCUUCAUAUCAUGGCAAGUUGUUAUUAUCAGAAUACAAAGUCAUAUAACCUGAAAGGACGUUUUUAUGGCCUUCCAAAACUGUCACUGUCAAGCGCAUCAAGAGUGCGAGGACAUUUUGCUUCAAAACGAAACAACUUCUCUCCUUCCUGUACAGGUGCCUUUUUACAUACAGUAUAAUCUCCCUGUAGUCCCUCUCAUGUGUUACCAUUAGAUUACCACAGAUGAGCUGAAGCGACAUUUACUCUGGCUAGAGCCCUUCUAUUAAGUCCUCAAGCUCCACAACAGAAGCACAGCUGCAGACUGUGAUUUUAUUGGAUAAAAGCAAAUUGAGUGUAAUAAUGUAGUGUUGAUGGCGUGAUUGUCUGAUUUUCUCUGGCUGUCUGUGGACUUCGAUGUUUCCCACAUGCACCCUUUUAAAAUGGGGGGAAAAAACAUUGUUUAGCUAAGACGUUGCCUUAAGAGGUUUUCUUUCUGAUUUUGAUUUAUUUUUAUUGUUUUUAAAGAACCCUGAACAAAAGUGUAUUUAUCAUAGUAAUUGCACAAGUUAAACCUGUAAAGGAAAUGUGCUCUUUAUAUUGUGAAAAUAUAGAAUUAGUCCCCUUUUUUAGUGCUGUCAUUCGUGAUGUAUUUGAGUAUGAAAGCAUACUUUUUUCUUUUUUUUUUUUCUUCAGGGUUUUUCUUUUUUUGGUGGAUGCAAGAAAAAAAUAGAUAUUGACAUUUAUUUGUUUCUGUUGUUCAUGCACUUUCAGCAGUGAUACCCUUAGUAUUGAAGGUACACUAAGUAAUAUUCUCACAGUUCACUUGCAAGUCAUGCAUUACUAACUCAGCUGGCCACAUGUCAUAACAGCCGAAUUGGGUCUAUUGUCUUCAGCGUCACUCUGAUCACCAUGAAAUAUUCCACACAUACUGCUGUAAUGUAAUACUCAUUUAUUCAAUGUUCAGUAAAAAUGUUCCUUUUUUUGUGUCCCAAAUUUACACUGCCUUCAUAACUAGAGAUCUUUGGUCAAGAAAGUUUUUCCUUUGUUCUUUUGAGUCGCUAACUAGGACUGUUUUGUGCAUAUAGACAGUUCUAGUACAUCAUCUAUUUGUCAAAUAGCUGUUAAAUACUCCUCCAUAUUGCUUUUUCUUCUGUUCUAGACCAGGAGUUCAACAUAGUUAAUCAGGUAUUCAGAAUUUAGCCUAGAUUUGGGCAACUUGGGAAUGAACAAAGAAAAUCUGCUGACUGGCUAGACUUGGAAACCACCAAAACUACAUGACCAAUCAAUUCAACUCAACUUCAAACCAUACCUUCUUAUGCAAGUUUUUAUAUAAAUGUUUUGUCAAACUUUUUUUAAUAUGCAUUUGGUUUUCAGUUUAUUUUGUAAGAUUUUUAUGCCGAAUUGUCACUUUCUUUUCACAUUUCUGGCAGAAAGACGCCAAAACAAAAAAAGGUAUACACACAUGCUGUAUAUCUCUAAAGGACGUUUGUAGUUUCUCUUUCCAUCUUUUGAUGAACAAACACACUUUUCAAAGUGGCAUCUUUAGCCUAUGUGAGGUUAGUCAUUAGUCGUACUCUUAACAGCUACAGGGCAAGAAUCAUGGAAGGUGGCCUUAGAAAUGUGGAUUGUUUCUUCUCAUGUUUAAUCUAAUGGGCCAUUGAUUUUUCAAUCAGUUCUAUCUUUGAAAUUGCACCACGCUGAAUUACAGUUGGCUUGAAUCAAUGAGAAGGGUUAAAAAAUCCUAAGGUGGACUGAUGUCUUAAACGUGUAAGGUCUGAAUGGGGUUUGUAGGCCCCACACAUUCACAUGCUAGACACAGUUACCCAAAGAAAUGGCAAAUGUGCAGUUUGCUUUUAGGAAGCCUUCUUUUAUAUGCAUUUUAAAUACAUAUCAGUAACAUUUUUCAGUCAUUGUUAAUUGUUAACUGUUGUGCUAAGGCUGUUGGCUUACAGCAUCACGCUAGAGAUUGAACUGGGCUGUUUUUGUUUUGUUUUCCCCUCAUUCUCCAAUGCUUUAUACUUUGGGUUUUACUAUGUUUGAAAAGUGUGAGAAUAGGGACCACAUUUAUGCAUAAAUGGGAGCAUUUGCAGACUCAUUCCAGUUAUACAUCUCAUUACGUUUAUCCUUUUAUUCUUCUGGUGUUUAGAUAUUCCAUAUUUUCAUAUUUAUAUUUCCUCAGUGACACGUUUCACUGUAGUUUUAGUUCAUUUAUACUAUACUCAGUCAUGAUUGUGGCCUUCUAGUAUUGUUGAUACAUUUCAUCUAUACCGUUGUAACUUCCCCGGUGUUGUACACCCUGUUGUCCGUUUGUCUGUAUGUAUGUAUGUUUGGGGUGUGUUUUUGUGUUUUACCUCAUCUGCAAUCAACUGUUAAAUUGGAGGACUUUUGUUUACGCGUGCAAAAAAAAAAAAGAAAAGAAAAAAGGAAAAAAAUAUCUUCCACUAACGAAACACAAAAGAGGAUGCAUUGUAGCGAUUUGAGUAAUUACAAAAAAAAAACGUUCACCUGGUGUGCUGAACUAUGUGUAAAUUGUUUAUUACACAAUAUGAAUAUUUGUAAAAUUGUUUGUAUUUUUUCAUAAUGAUUUUAAAAAGGAGUGUGUUUAUUUUUUGACUUCUUUCUGUUACAGAGCUCUUGCUUUGUGCGUUUGCCUGACAUUGUGAGUGAAUCGGUUGGUUCUCUUACCUCUCUCCUGUAUUUGAGCCUGUGCUGAGUUGUUUGUAUGCAGUGUUUAGAAAUACUGUAGGGAACGUGAGAAGAAAUUGAUAUUAGGAGCAUUUGAUCAAUUUGUAUUUAUUUAUUUUAUCAUUUUGUUAAUAAAUUGACCAAGAAAA